CGCACGCGCGGACUCGCGGAGAAACCGCGACAGCGCGCCAGGCGUCGAGGCGCGGACGGACGGACGGAUCUCGCGGGCGCCGAGGGGAGUUCGUGAAUGGCCGGCGCGUCGCGCCGGGCGAAGGAUGCGGGAAGAUGGCGGCGGCGGAGUCGUGCGUGGUGAAGUGCGCCGACGUUCCGCGCGACGUUGAGAACGCGACGGCGGCGGACGGAGCGGGCGAGCCGCGCGCGGCCACGCCGCGCCGGCAGCCCGAGCUUUACCGAUUUCGCGCCACCGACCUGCUGUACUACGCGUCCUCGAUCACUUUCCUUUUCGCGGACGUAGCAACAGACAGCAUUGUAUGUGUGGAAUACCUUUUGCAAGGCCACUCAGCGUGGGGAUGCUUUGCAAUGGGUUUCACCGUCUUACCCGCUUGUGUUACCCAACUAUUUAGUUUGAGAUGGCAUCGCAGCGACGGUUCCCUGCGGACUGUUCACUGGUUGUUGCACUUCCUCCUACUCGGCUUUUUGCACAGGUACUUGACUUUGCUUUAUACUGCGAUCCACUCUUUAAGAAAUAAGUCAGGCUUCAGCAAGGAUAAAAAUUGGGUGUAUCGGCAAGAAAGCGAUAUAUGUAUGUUGCAUUUGUUUGAGUCUUUCAUGGGAGCUGCUCCUCAGUUGAUAUUGCAACUGUACAUAAUUGCAAUAUUAAAUCAUGCGCCGCUCUGGACGAGCGCUUCUGCUAUAGCUUCCUUCUGCUCCCUAACUUGGGCCGUGAGUACAUACGUUAGAGCUAUGCACAAUAUCAAUCGCGAGCGCAACAAUGCGACUUCGAUCGCUCUCACUCUUCAGGCUCUCUGGCGCGGCGGUAUGCUGCUAUCGAGAAUUGGAGUUUUAGUAUUAGCGGCUGUUUUUCUGAGAGAAUGGUUCUUGCUAUUUCUGGGUUUACACUGGCUGUUCAUGACGAUCUGGGUGAUCCUACAAAAAACAAAAUUCUGCCCUACCGUGUGGGAGGAGCGCAUCUACAAUUGCAUCAUCGGGCUAAUCUACUGCUUCGAUUUCUUCAAUCUGCGCGAUGGCAGAUCGCGCUACCGCAUGCUCGUCUUUUACUCGGUGAUCGCGGCACAAAAUCUGACCUUCCUAAUCAUGUACAUGUUGCACUUCAAGAACACCGUUACGAACGGCACGAUAAUCGCGAUUGCGACCGUGAUAAUCAGCUGCAUGCUCGUCGGCCUGACGAGCAUGUCGCUGUAUUACGGUAAAUUUCAUCCGUCAAAAACGACAAUGAAUAUUUCCCAGAAUAUCAGUGAGCAUUCUACAAUUACAAAGGGUGCUGGUACACCCAAAUCCUUGAAGCUAUUUCAUCGCGGCUCAUUGGUAUCGUUGCACUCCAUCAACAUCUCGCCGAGAACCGAGGAGAUGCCCACUGAUAAGCAAUCUUUGCUUACGAAUAUCGCGCAGAUUUCCGAUUGCGCGGAGGAGGGCAUUGUCAAUCGUAAUUACAGUUCAGAGAACGAGUCUAACGUGAGCGCCGUGCGCGUCUCCGCCGAAUGCGAGAGGCCGCACAGUCGUGCCGGUAUUAAGCACAAGGAGGAGAUUGCGUCGUCCAACGAUAAUUCGGACAAUGCGCUUACUAGUGACGCGCUGUUGAGUUCCUUGUAUCCAGGCCUACCCGACAUCGACUCAUCCCGAAAACGUCGCGGUAUUUACGAGCAUGAUAUUACGCCGCAGUUGGACUGGCAUGCCCCAGAUAUACUGAACAUCGAUCUGGACCAACUCGAUAGCCUUGACAACUCCGAACGGAGCAAUUCUCUCACGCUGGAUUCCUGCAGUAAAUUGAUUGGUGCGCUGGACGUUAUCAAAAGCAGGAGAAAGCUGACGACCCCAACGCCGUUGGAGAGCAGCAGGAUAUUCGAUAUAGAGAAGGUGGCAAAGGACCUGCAGCAGCAGCAGCGAGACGAAACAAUGAGUUGUGUGACGUCGAUCCACGACUAUGAGAACGUGUGCCCAUUGGGAGUCGCUCGGCCGCCCUGGUGCAUCCGCAGCUGGAAGGGCUACACGGACAUCGAGACGUAUAUUCACGACGAUAGCGUGGUGCGCGAUCGGCGACGGGAUACCCUUACGAGCACGACCGGCACGACAUACAGUUCGGAAUACUCCGACGGCAUGAUCUCGCGGGGGAUAUUAAAGCAGGAUGAUUAUGCGGACGCCUUGACCUACGAUCUCGUGGAAUCCAAGGGCAACAAAUCGUCUUACAGCGACAGCACGUUCUCCGCCGUGGACACCGUGGAUGAUCAAAACGCCAGUUUGUACAUAGCCAAGCCGGUGGUAUUCGACGAUCGGGGCGGGAUGCUCACGUUGGACACAAUAUUGGAGGAGCGCGACGAUUCAUCGUCGUUGGAUGAGAAGUUUCAACACGGGACAGAACCGUCACGUGACUCCGCGAGUACUUUGGUAAGCACGAUAGAUCAGAUCAGGCAGUACACAGCGGAGAAUUCGCCGCGACACAUUUAUCAUACCACCGGGACUCAGUGGGAAGACCUGAAUCCCAAGAACUUGAUGGCACGGACGCACUUUGCUAAAGUGUUGUUUGACAACGAUCUCAAGAACGCUUCAGUAACGACCGAUUUGAGCGAUUUGACCGCACGAGAUAUCGAGAAACGCGAGAUAGACGCGAUCAGGGAGUUUGUCCGAUGUUGCGAGUCUAUCAAGAAAACGCCCCUGAUAGACGCGAUUUUAUCGGACUCGCCGAUUCUGGGCAGUAGGGCGAACAAGCUCGUGCGGCAGGUCACAUUCGCAGAUUGCAAGAACGAUUUCGACGCGAACGAAAGUGACCUGUACGUUGAAAUGAGUCCCUUAGUUUCCGUCGAGAACGGUGAGAACUCGUGCCAGGCCAGGUCCGCCGAUGCGAAGACCGCCGAGGCGGACCUGGCCUGGCACGCCAAGGGAAACAAUCUUCCCACGCUAUCAAAGAAUACGUCAGAUAAGGAGAAUUUGUCGCCCAUCUCGUCCAAUAAUAGGCGAAUUAAUAAUAUAUACGAUAACAUGGACAAUAAUGACAGGCGCGCUUGGACUAUAGAAAGAGACGAAAAAAAUGACAAAUCACUGUGCAACAUGCGUUUCAAUUUGAAAGAAAAGAGACACUUAUUUCUAGAGCAGGUUCUCUCGCCGGUACCAAAACUCUGGAACAAACGUAUCUCCUUUCAUCCGAGCACCAAAAAUUUAUAGUAAAUAAACUCCUCAGUUUUUUUUACUUUUGUUUUAUAGCUGAAAAUUGAUUUAAAGUUCCUUUAUCGAAUAUCUUUAUUAUCCAGAUAGUAAAAUGUUAGCAAUAUGUUAACAAUACUAUCAUAGAUUCUUUAGAGAAUGUCGGUUGGCCGAACCUUUGUCGAAAUAAACUAAUUGUAAGAUAACGCUCGUUUCACACGGCGGUGCACGCCAUGAGCGUCUCUCACUAUAACUUUGUCAAUUUUGUAAAUUCGAGCAAAUUCUUUUGCAUACAUAUAUUCCAUCAUAUAUAUAUCAAAUAUGAGAAGGUACGAAAACGAAAUUUUCACAACUUUUUACAUCAGAAUAUCUUCUUAAUUCUUGCCAUUAUAAUUUGCCAUAUAAUACAACAAUAGAAAUGUUAUAGGAAUGGAACGUAUUUUGUACUAAUGCAACAUGUAACACACAUUUGCAAAACAUAUCUUGGCAAGUUUGAUGGCUAUCUGGGUGUAUAUUUACAGUAAAUCUGAUUUAUGUUUUAUAACUGAAUACAAUUAAUUUUUAUUGUACAAAAAAAUUGUAGCAAAAGAUUUCGAUUUUAUAAAAUACUCUACAAUGCCUUUCAGUCUUAAGUGAGGUUGAAUAAUAGUUUAGUUUUAUCUUGCUGAAGUGUAUUUUUAUUCAUGUUUUUUUAUUUACGAACUGUAAAAGUUUUAUGAAUUUGCUUGUGUAAUCUAUGAGAUGCAAUAGAAAACUAAUUUGAUCUUAACCCAUAAAAUUAAAUGUUCUAUGAAAAUUACAUUUUUGUACGCAUAUUUGGUUAGAAACAUAUAAAUCAGAAAGACAAUUUACGGCAAAACAGGGUUAAGAAAAACACAUUACAGUACAAAUAAUGCAAUAUAUACAUAUAUGUAAAACGUCACUCGUUAAUUGGGCACACAUUUUAAUUUUUAUCCAUGACAUUUAAGCUGCGCCGUGUUUAUCUUUAUAAAUGAUAUAAAAUAAACGCGAUGUAAGCGUGUGAUACGCCGCACCGUCCCAUUGUUACAAGAUAACACUAACGAUUUAAGUCUAGUAUUGCGCUUUUGCGAUUAUGUAUAUAAAAUGACUUAUAUGUCUCGUACCCUACGAGAUUAUUUUUGUACACAAUUUUUACUAUGUACAAUAAAGAGACUUUGUAUAAUGAAA